AUUUUCUGAAUAUCGAUAUUUAUAUCGAGUAUUUAGUGAUAUGCUAGACCAGAGCACUGAUAAAUAAUUUGUAAAUAAUAUUAAAAUUUUCGUAAUUAAAAAAUGAGUUCUAUACAUAGAGAGGGUGUUCAAAAACAAAUACAUCAAGACUGGGCAAAUCGUGAAUACAUAGAAGUUAUAACAGCAAGUAUAAAACGGAUAACGGAUUUCCUCAAUUCAUUUGAUAUGUCGUGCCGAUCCCGACUUGCUGUUUUGAAUGAAAAAUUAUCCACUCUGGAGCGGCGAAUUGAUUAUCUGGAAGCAUGUGUAACUCAAGGGGAAACUCUUACAUGAGUUUAUGGUGUAACUUUCAAAAUUAUAAAUAUUUAUAUGAAAAUAUGUCGUGUCCCGUCUUGCUGUUUUGAAUGAAAAAUUAUCUACUCUGGAGCGGCGAAUUGAUUAUCUGGAAGCAUGUGUAACUCAAGGGGAAACUCUUACAUGAGUUUAUGGUGUAAAAUUCAAAAUUAUAAAUAUUUAUAUGAAAGUAAAUACUGUAUUAAAUAAAAUGUAUUCGUUACAAAUAUUUUGAUAACACUAAGUAAA